AUGACGGAACGCAAGCGCAAGUUAGAUCUAACUGACGUUAAUACUAACAGCAAGAAGACUAAACGUAAAAGUAGAUUCUCAGAUGUCCCUCCUCUUUCUGCUGUCACUACUUCUACUACUAGUGUUGAUCUAAAUCCACUUACAGGUGCACCAUUCUCACUACAUUACAAGACGUUAUUGACUCAACGCGAGAAAUUGCCUGUCCAUCAAUUCUUACACGAAAUUCAAGACGCUAUGAAACAACAUCAAGUUAUUGUGGUAGAAGGAGAGACAGGAAGUGGGAAAACGACACAAAUUCCGCAAUUUUUGACACUAUUAUACGCCAAUGGGACUAAAAUGGUUGCAUGUACACAACCACGUCGUGUGGCUGCUAUGAGCAUUGCAAAGCGUGUAGCUGAAGAAAUGGAUGUACACUUAGGACAGGAAGUGGGGUAUACUAUUCGUUUUGAAGACGUUACAUGUCAACGUACUAAAUUGCGCUUUCUUACUGAUGGAAUGCUAUUGCAACACGCUAUGAGUGAUCCACUGCUGUCAAAUUAUUCUACUAUCCUACUGGAUGAAGCUCAUGAACGCACAUUGAGUACCGAUAUUCUAUUUGGUCUUUUAAAGGAAGUUCUGCCUAAACGUCCGGAUCUGAAGGUUGUUGUCAUGAGUGCAACGCUCGAUGCUGUCAAAUUUCAGAAAUACUUUGAAGAUGCUCCGUUAAUUGCCAUUCCUGGACGUACUUUUCCUGUCGAGAUUUUUUACACAGCCAAACCAGAGCGCGAUUAUCUAGAAGCUGCUGUUCGUACAGCCGUGCAAAUUCACAUUUGUGAGAAAGAAGGAGACGUGCUGCUUUUCUUAACUGGUCAAGAGGAGAUCGAAAAUGCCUGUCGUCAAAUCCGCGCAGAAGCUGAUGCUCUGGACUCAACCAAAUAUGGCCCACUUGAUGUCUACCCUCUGUAUUCGUCACUUACACCUCAACAACAGCAGCUUAUUUUUAAGGAUCCCCCGAAGCCACGUUUUUCAGGUGGCCCCAAAGGCCGCAAAAUUGUUGUGUCUACCAAUGUGGCUGAAACGUCGCUUACUAUUGAUGGCAUUGUGUACGUUAUUGACCCGGGCUUCUCCAAGCAGAAGGUGUACAAUCCGCGUAUUCGAGUUGAGUCACUUCUGGUGUCUCCCAUUUCUCGCGCUUCAGCCAAGCAGCGCGCUGGUCGUGCCGGUCGAACGCGACCGGGCAAGUGUUUCCGCCUCUACACUGAGCAAUCGUUUCUUCGUGACUUGGAGGAGCAGACAUAUCCGGAAAUUUUGUGCUCGGAGAUGAGUGGUGUGGUUCUAACGCUCAAACAACUUGGCAUCGACGACUUAGUGCACUUUGAUUUUAUGGAUCCUCCAGCUCCCGAGACACUGAUGCGUGCGUUGGAGAUGCUGAACUACCUCGGCGCCCUGAGCGACGAGGGCGAUCUCACUGACCUUGGUCAUCAGAUGGCAAUGCUUCCUGUGCUUCCGCCGCUGGCCAAGAUGUUGAUCUCGUCGGCAAAGUAUCAAGUACCGCAGGAAGUCGCUACUAUUGUGGCGAUGCUAUCUGUCCAGGAGCCUUUUAUUCGUCCUAAGAACGACGCCAAGGCCGCCGACAAGGCGAAAGCAGACUUUGCUCAUGAAGACGGUGACCAUCUGACACUGUUGAACGUGUUUCAAGCGUACAAGUUGAAUAACGGUGACGUGAAUUGGUGCUACGAAAAUUAUCUGAAUAAUCGGUCGCUGCAGAGCGCGUCGAACGUACGUGAUCAGUUGAUCCGUAACAUGAAUCGACUGGAGAUGCCGACGCAAUCUACACUGGACAUCCACUCCCCUCACUAUUACCCCAAUAUCAUUAAGGCGUUAGUGUCUGGUUUCUUUAUGCAAGUGUGCCACAAGACUGCCGGGGGACAUUACAUGACGGUGAAGGACAAGCAGGUCGUGCACCUGCAUCCGUCGUGUGUACUGGACAAGGACCCAGAUUGGGUUGUUUAUAACGAAUUUGUGCUUACGAGCCGCAGCUACAUCCGCUUGAACACUCGUAUAAUGGGCGAGUGGCUCUUGGAUAUCGCGCCCCAUUACUAUGAUCUGGCUAAUUUUCCACCUGGUGACACCAAGCGCGAGCUUGAGAGACUGUACCGCCGCAUGAAUGCGUGUAGCAAGUCGAAAAAGGUUGAAUAA